AUGAUCACAAUUCAGGCCCAAGGAAGAGAUUUUUACCCACAGCGGGAAGCGAAACGCUGCAGCGAUGGGAACGGGUGUGGAAGGCUGAGGGAGGCCUCUGUCAGCAACGGCGGCGAGGCGGAGGGCGGGAAGGAGCUGGUGGAGCUGAAGGUGAUCUGGAACAAGAACAAGUACGACGUGAAGUUCUGCCUGGACAGCACGGGGGCCGAGCUGAAGCAGAAGAUCCACUCGCUGACAGGCCUCCCGCCAGCUAUGCAGAAAGUUAUGUUCAAGGGACUCCUGCCAGAGGAGAAAACAUUGCGGGAAAUCAAAGUAACAAACGGAGCAAAAAUCAUGGUUGUUGGAUCUACUAUCAACGAUGUUUUAGCAGUAAAUACACCUAAAGAUGCUGCUCAACAAGAGGUCAAAGCUGAAGAAAAUAAAAAGGAGCCGCUUUGCAGACAAAAGCAACACAGAAAAGUGUUGGAUAAAGGAAAACCUGAUGACGUGAUGCCUUCUGUUAAAGGUGUUCAGGAGCGCCUGCCAACAGUGCCAUUGUCUGGCAUGUACAACAAGUCAGGGGGGAAAGUAAGACUGACCUUUAAACUUGAGCAAGACCAGCUGUGGAUUGGUACAAAAGAGAGAACAGAAAAAUUACCCAUGGGGUCCAUUAAAAAUGUGGUGAGUGAACCUAUUGAAGGACAUGAGGAUUAUCACAUGAUGGCGUUUCAGCUGGGCCCAACAGAAGCCUCUUACUACUGGGUGUACUGGGUGCCCACUCAAUAUGUUGAUGCAAUCAAAGACACGGUGCUGGGAAAGUGGCAGUAUUUUUGAAAGCACGUUCACCUCUGGCACAGGAAAAUGACACAAAGCUAAGGACACUGCUGGGAGAGGCCUCCAACAUCCCUGGAUGUGAUAGUCCUGGAACUUUAUUAAUAAAACAUGAUAAACGAGGCACUGACGGAAGCCAGAGGUGAUGUUCUUUCACCAUUAGUUUACUUUUAAAUUAAAAAUUUCACCAUCCCUUUUCUGCAGUCAGCUUCAACCAUAUUUAAAGCAAAUACAAUGGAAAUCAAUAAAUCUUAAUUCACAAAAUAUUGUGUGUAAUACACUUAAAUCUGCUGAGAGUUGAUCUUCCAAUUUAGUUUUAAAAAGAAAAUAUUACAAUGUAUUAUUGAGGAUUUUUUACAUGGUUUGAACAAAAAUAUUUUCAUAAUCUUUCAGUUACAAGCAUUAGACUUAAUUUAGUUACUCGGUUGUGACUGAGAAUUUCAGAAACAGUUUUUUAAAAAUAAACUUUAAACAGUAUGCAAAA